CUUCUCCUCCAGCUGGAAUCGCAGCCGCUGUCACCUCAAGCCCCCCUCUGGGUGGAGGAGGGAGGGGGAGGGGAGAGAAAAAAAAGCCAGGAACGUGAGAAUUGCGCUUGCGCAACAGCCGUCGCCGGCCUCAGACCGGAAAUUGCCGUCCCUCCCACCUCCAUCCGGAAAUCACUUCCUGGGACUUGUUUGCUCUGUGGGUUAGCCGCUCAAGUGUUUGUCUAAGUGGCGUUUUUUCAUUCUCUCUGUGCCUAUAGGGUACUGAGACUGGGCGUGUGAGGUUUUAGCCCAAGAUAGUAAAGGUUUUGUUGACUUGAAAAUGAGGGUGACUAAAAAUUAAAGCAGGGAAGCUAGGAAUUCCCCCAUUUCGCUACCCCAGAAAUCGUCCUUUGAUAGUAUUACUUUACUCAUGGCGUCUGCUAUGUCUGUCCUCAAGGCGCUUCCUCAAAUUUAGAAGCAAAAAGACUUUAACAAGACAAAAAUCGAUAGCCUGUUAGUUUAGCAGUUGGAGUGGAAAUCAAUUAAGUCAGCUGAGGAAAAAGAGAGUAAUGGGAUCUCUUCAAAAUUCAAAUCCAUAAUUUUUAAAGGACAGGGGAAAAGCUGGACCUCAAUUUUUUAAACAUAAAAUAAUGAGAUGCUAGCAACUGGGUGGCUGUUUAUGAGUUUGUUCAACUAAUUUUUAUUACAGUACUUAAGGGAAUAAUGCUGACCUCAGCGAACUCAACGAUUAGUACUUUUGGACUGAUCACUUUUUUAGUCCUUUCAUAGGACCCAUCAGUUUAGAAAAUUGUUCUAUUUGAUUAGCAAUAAAGUACAUAUUUGAAUACUUUUUUUUAAGUGGGUAAACUUUAAUCAUAGUGAGUUUAACAAAAUAGCACUCUAGUUAGAGGCAAAUGAUACUGGAACGUUCCAACAGUUGAACAUCCGCUCCCCUCUCCCCCAUUUUAGCAAGGCUGGUAAUGGGACUUAAUUUGUUCAAUUCCCUGCCAGAGCCUUGCUUCUUUAGCCUUACUUUUAAUUACUGUGUCGUCUGUGCUGGAGCUAGAGGUAAGUAGUCUCCAGGUGAUAAUGCCUAUUGGGCUGGGGGGAGUGUCUUGCAAGGUCAGAAUGGCUGAAAAGCAGAAAUACGUCAGGGCUUGCUGAGAAUGAAAUUCACUACGAGGAUUUCAUUUAGAGGCUCUAGUUUACUUCUUUUUAGCAAAUAAAAACACUGCCUACUGAAAAUCUGAAUUUUAUUAUAUAAAUCAACUUUUUUAGUUGAAUGAUUUUACUCCAGAAUCACGCUGGCUUGAAUCAUCAGCUGAUAUUAUACGAAACAGAGCUGGAAAAAGAUGGAAAUAGAGUGGUUACCAGUGACUCAGAAACUGAGCUUCCGAAAAUUUAUUGAACAAUCUGACUUACUAGAAGAACUUAAAUAUGACUUCAAUGAAAAAGCUGAAUUGAGACACACUGAGACACAUGGGCCUUUUGCCUUUAACUAUUAUAAAAAUGUCCUGGAGAGGAACAGCAAGCGCUACUGGGCCCUGGGCCAUUUGCUUGAACAAUACAUUUAUGAACUUUUGGAGAAAGUGUGCAAAUUACAAAAAGUAUAUAUCCCACCAGAGGCUGAUGAGGAACCAAGAAGCUUCUUUUUCAUGAGUGAGAGAGCAUUAUCAAAUCAUCAUUCUGCUCUUCUUGUCCUCCUUCAAGACCACGGGGUCGUUAGAGCUGGUCAGUGGAGUCAGCAGGCAAUAAUACAUCAUGGUCUCCAACAUGGAAGUCAGAUACCGUGUAUUCAGAUGGCACUGCAGGCGCAUUAUGAUGUAAUUGUGCUAAACCCCAAUGACAAUUUUGUGGACCAGCAGACAGGAAAAGAGUGGAAAGGACUUUUAACACAAAAUGUUGAGUUCUCUUCCAGAAAAAUGGUUCAGACAGAGAGCUUCUCUCUCCAGGAGUCUCUCCAAUGUAUUCCAAAAAGAUGCAGCAACACCCCUGAAGAACACAUGGCUUAUAUUUGGGAUUACUUCAUUUCAAAGACUGAAGGCAAGGAUGUUGCCUUCAUUGUACAUGGUUAUGGAGGCUUGGUUUUUAUGGACUUGCUUGUUCGUAAAAAGUGGGACGUGAUGAGCAAAGUAUACGCUGUUGCACUUAUUGACUCUGAACAUCACGUAGGACACCAGUUGGGAAGCGAUGUCCAGUUAUUAGAAUGGAUAAAGCAGCACUGCCGUGAAUGGGUGACAAGUCCAAAGCCUUUGGAUAAACCUGCAACAACCAUUUUGAAAAAGGACUUUCCUACAGUUUCUGCUGGUACAGAAAAAUACAACUUAGCCCCUUCCUCUAGCCUUCAGUCUAUUUUUAAAUACUUUAGAAAAGCUUUGAAAGCCAAAGCAGCUAUUAAUUUCUCUCGAGUGUCCAUAGUGACCAGAAGCUCCACAAAAAGAAAGCAAAGAGCUUAAGUUACUUUUUUUGUCAUCUAAGAUUGUUUUGUCCUACUGAAACUUUGCUAAUGUAGGUGCUAGAAGAGAAGAACACUUCCAACUCACAUGCAGUGUUAUGUUCUGACUUCAAGUCUGAUUUGUUGACUUUUUUUAAGUAAAUAUGUUCUGCAAAUAUGUUCUGUAGCCUACUGAUGAACCAGGAAGUCAGUACCGUCAUUAAUAUUUUAGAAUAUUAGUCAAAGUAGUGUUGUUAGACAAUCAUCUUAGGAAAAGAUUUCAUAUGGUUUAAUAGAAUGACGCCAAAACUAUAAUUGAUAGAAAUUAAAUAUUAAGUCAGUCUUUGACUUCUGUAUUAUUAAUGCUAUAUUAAAAUUAUAAAUGAAAAUAAAAUUAAGUAUCAUAAGGUAACUCCAUUCUUGGUAUGUUUGUGAGUUUUUUCUGUUUUUCUUAUGUGUGUGUUUACUCAUACCUUUGCUAAUAUCUGACUGUCUACUAUCUACUAGUAACUAUUAAUGUUGGGCAUAUUGACAAACAAGGCCAACAUUGCCUUUAUCUUUAUUUGGGGUUCACAAUGAAAAGCAAAUUACAAGUGUGAAGAGUAUUAAGAAAUAAAGGGCGUCGUGGAACAUCCAAUAUGAGCGCUAAUAAUAGCUUUGGGAUUCAGGGAAUACUCCUUUGACAAAAUGAUGACUAGUUUGAAGAACAGGAGUAGGAAAACAAAGUCACAGUCAAAGGAAUCACAUGUGCAGAAGUCCUGAGGCAGAAGAAAGAAGUCCAGUUC